CAACAGAGCUUCUGGGACUAAUUAUGGACAGCCAUCAGGUUUUUUUUUUGGUGAUUGUACCCUAAAAAAAAUCAACUCUAUUGGAAGUGUUUCUUUUUUUUUUCUGGAUCAAAUACAAUAACAGUACAGUUACGUUUGGAAAGAUGGGAUUACACUGGAGAAAUCAGAGAAUUGCCGCUUUGAUUGGCUUGAAAUACUCCGAGUGAGAAAGCUUCAAACAGGCUAGCUGAGCCGGAAUCGCCGAGAUGGCGAAAGUCUGCAGUGAAAUCUCCUUUCCAGCAGGACGGUCCCACAACAGAACCCAGGACGACCUGGCUGUCAUUGAAAAUGGGGGAAGCAGGACUCAGCCUCGUUGGGAAGCGAGUUCUGAGCAAGCUCUGUCCUCAGAGUCCCUCAGAGACUCGGCCCCACGUGCCAGCGCGUUGGCCAGAAGGAACCCCGAGGAAGAGAGGCAGGACUCUUUUCUCGAGCAGUUCAGAGGUCUCAAGCUCAAAGAGGCAGCCAGCGGGGAGAGCAAUGGAGAGUCGUUGGGCCAUAACGACACAAUCCGAAAGAGAAAUCUUGCCAAUAAGUGGCCUCUGGCUACUUACAACAUGAAUAACUGCAACAACACAGAUGAAAAAAAGGAGGACAAAAAAGACGAGAUUAAGAAAGAUGAGAAAAAGGAGGAGAAAAAAGACGAGAAGGAGGGGGAUAAGAAGGAGGAGGAAAAGAAGGACGAAAAGAAGGACGAAAAGAAGGAGGAGAAAAAGGAGGAGAAGAAGGAUGAAAAGAAAGACGAGAAGAAGGAUGAUAAGAAAGAUGAUAAAAAGAAAGAGGAGCCCCCAAAAGAAAUCUGGAUUAUGGAUCCAGCCGCGGACCAGUACUACAAAUGGCUGACCGUGAUCGCCGGCCCAGUAUUUUAUAACCUCAUCAUGAUUGUAACCAGGGCCUGUUUCAACGAACUUCAAGACACGUACACGAAACUCUGGUUAGUCUUGGACUACACCUCAGAUGUGAUCUAUUACGCCGACACGUUUGUCCGAGCAAGAACAGGUUACCUGGAACAAGGCCUGCUGGUCAAAGAUUCCAAAAAACUGCGAGAUAAAUACAGAACAACGCCUCAGUUCAAAUAUGACAUGAUUUCAAUGAUACCCACCGAUCUGCUGUUUCUGCAAUACGGAUACAACAACCCGGAGUUUCGAAUGAACCGCCUGUGCAAAAUUUCGAGGCUCUUUGAGUUCUUUGAGCGGACGGAAACCAGAACCAGCUUCCCCAACAUGUUUCGCAUCAGCAACCUCGUACUUUACAUCCUCAUCAUUAUCCACUGGAAUGCCUGUGUGUUCUUUGCUAUUUCGAAAACUAUCGGCUUUGGGACGGACACUUGGGUAUAUCCCAACAUCAGCCACCCAGAGCAUGGCCGCUUGGCAAGAAAGUACAUCUACUCCCUGUACUGGUCAACACUAACCCUCACCACUAUUGGAGAAACCCCUCCACCAGUUAGGGAUAUUGAAUAUCUCUUUGUCAUUGCGGACUUUCUUACCGGUGUGCUGAUUUUUGCUAGUAUUGUCGGUAACGUCGGUGCCAUGAUUUCCAACAUGAACGCCUCCCGUGCUGAGUUUCAGGCAAAGAUCGACUCCAUAAAGCAGUACAUGCAGUUCCGAAAGGUCACCAAAGACCUGGAGGCCAGGGUCAUCAAGUGGUUCGACUACCUGUGGACGGAGAAGAAGACCUGUGACGAGAAGGAGGUUUUGAAACACCUCCCCGACAAGCUCAAGGCCGAGAUCGCCAUCAACGUCCAUUUGGACACCCUGAAGAAAGUCAGGAUUUUCCAGGACUGCGAAGCCGGUCUGCUGAUUGAACUGGUGCUCAAGCUGCAGCCGCAAGUGUUCAGUCCUGGAGACUACAUCUGUAAGAAGGGGGAUAUCGGCAGGGAGAUGUACAUCAUCAAGGAAGGAAAGCUAGCGGUGGUGGCCGACGACGGAGUCACUCAGUUCGUGGUGCUGAGCGACGGCGCGUACUUUGGGGAAAUCAGUAUCUUGGGUAUCAAAGGAAGCAAAGCCGGGAACAGGCGAACGGCCAACAUCAGGAGCGUGGGUUACUCGGAUCUCUUCGCCUUGUCCAAGGACGACUUGAUGGAGGCGCUCACCGAGUACCCGGACGCCAAGAAGGCCCUGGAAGAGAAGGGCAAAGCCAUCCUGAUGAAGGACAACCUGAUAGACGAGGCGGUGGCCAACGCCGGCGCCGACCCCAAAGACCUGGAAGAGAAGAUCGUCAAACUGCAGGGCAACCUGGACGGCAUGCAGACCAAAUUCGCGCAACUCAUGGCGGAGUUCACGUCCACCCAGACGAGGAUGAAGCAAAGGGUCACCGAGAUGGAGGCCAAAGUGAAAUCCAUGAAGCCGGAGGACCUCUCCGAAGUGGUGGCUGAUAAAGAUAAAAAAGUCCAGUAACGUAACGCUUACCAGAGAACUUCAAAGUGACAUUCCUUUAUUUCGUGUAAAUGCCCCGAUUUACGACUAUUUAUACACAAUGUUUAUUAUCAACUUAAUGUGUCAAAUUGUGUACAGUGUAUGCAGUGAAUAUGUUUUUAUGUAAACUGACUGACAGUUUCAUCUCAUCACGGAAGAACCGGAGUAUUUUGAGCAGGAGCACUUGUGAAUGCCAAAGAAAUGGCUUUUCAUAGCCUUAGAGUAAUGACAAUGUUCUUUUUGUUUUGUUUUUCUUCCUGGUCUGUACUCAUAUCAUCCCAGAAAAUGCAUUGAUCUGUGAAGUAUGAAGCACAUUUCUUAUACUGCAAUGCAAAUGCAAUUUCCAUUGCCAGUUAUCUUCAGCAUACAUUAACAGUUGUAAUUCUUCAAUGUGAAUAUGUAUUAAAAGAUUCAUAUAAGAAACUAUAUGCGUCUACAUAAGCACAGCAUAUAU